GAUCUAAGAAUAAUUUAGACAAAGGGAAUAAAUCUGUUUUGUCACUUUCAGAUACUGAAAUUGUGCCUAAUUAUAUCUCUGAGCAAUGGUAUUUGUUUAAAGAAAAAUUAUUAGAAUUGGCAAAUAGAGAAGGCCUUUUUGUGGAAAGCCAUACACAGCAGAUAUUGUCACUAUCGCAUAUCCUUUUGCUUAAGUCUAGACAAUAUUGCCUGCUAAUGGUAGAAGUUUUUGGAGAUGAGUUACUAGUAACAAUGCACGAACAUAUCAUACAGAAAUUUACCAAACAAGAAACAGAGUUUGAUAAUAAAUUAUUGAUAAAGCUUGUUCGUAUUGUUAAAGAAUACUACAGGUCAAAUAAAGAGGCUGUGAAGUCAAAAGCUAGAAAACUAGUCAGCAAAGCAAAACAACCAGAUGCUAUUAUCAACGAAAUCAAUCAGCUAUCUUGGAGCUUAAGCAAAAAACAUGGUGAAGCGAAAGUUCAAGAAGAGAUGAAUAGCCUUUACUUUCUUUGCACCAAUCUCAUCUGGAUAGCUAUAUUUAACAAAAAUGCGAUCAAUUUUUAUAAUAUGAAUUGCAUACUCAGAUUUCAAAUUGUCGCAUCAUAUCACAUUUUAUCUCACCACUCUUUUGUGUGUGAUGCCUUAUAUGUUAUGGUGGAAGUUGGUCACGUUGAUGUGUCUAUGUUACUUGAACAAGUUUCUGCUUUUCUCACCAGCCUUGAUAUGCUUCUCAUCAUUUUAAAUACAUAUUGGUCCAACUAUAUUAUGUCUACAGAGAAAAAGGAACCAAGCAAGCAUAGUACUCUUGCAACACCAAGUUUUAAAAAAAUAGUUUCAAAGAGUCUUAAGGAUAAUUUUGAUAAAAUGAUUAUGAAAGCUUUUGAGGAGAAUGAGGCUAGGAUAGAAAAAGAAAAACAGAACAAAAAGUCAUCAAAUGUAGUAACUUUAGCUAGAGAUGGGUUCGGUCGAUCAUGGUUAGUCAUUACUGGUUAUUGA